AUGAACUUUUUAGACUUGCCCCAGGAGCUUAUACUUAGGGUAUUCCAGAACUUGUCUCUCUCAGACAGUCGCCUGCUUAUUCAAAAUCUCAACAAGUCCAAGGAUCCUACAGCACACAAGGUCAUCAAACUUCUAUGGAUCACUUGCUGUUCAGACAAGGUCAUCAUCUCAUUCCCAAACACAGAAACACCGCAGAAUGAACCGUUUGAAUUUGUCUCGUCGGUAGACGUCUAUGAGACUAUCAAGGAGCACGUUAAGUAUGGGAUUGUUCCUAGCCAUCUCCAUCUCUUCUUCUCCAGAAACCCUCGUGACUACACGAGAUUCCAGAAUCACCUCCAAGAAGUAUGGGAACUUUUAGAUUCAGAUGUUGUCACUAAAUACCUUCUAUCGGUGGAAACGCUUGACUUUGAACUUAGAGGGAAUCUUAUUACCACAGAAUCUCCUACACUGUUGGUGUCGCUGAUACUUAAUACUUUCGUUAAGCUCACCAACCUAAGGGAUGCCAAUUGGAAAACGAUCAAGAUCUCCCUGACUGACUUGGGUGACUAUUUUCCACAAAAGUGGGGUAGAGUGUUUGAGGAGUUCAAACUGGCACAAGAACUUGUACUUGAAGACGAUCUCAUUCGCCUGCUGCAUCCACUAGAGAAUCUUUCUCUUUUAGAAGGCUACUUUAAAUGGCCACCACAACUACGGGUCCUUUCAUUAAGAAGAAACUUAAUUUCUAGUUUCUCUGCUACUGCUAUCAAGCUUCUCCCAAAGACGCUAGAAGUACUCGAUCUCGAGAACAAUGUGCUAGAAGAAUUCGGCACGCAGGGGGAAGUCAAAUUAGUGGAUGAAUUACCAAACAUUCGCCUUUUAAACGUCUCAAAUAACCGUGGUUUGGUUAAAUUCCAACCUUCGCUUCUUGAAAAUGUGCAUGAGCUGGGAGUGCCACUUACCGUGAAGGUGGAAAAUUGCAACCUCUACACUCCAAUUCUCGCUCUGCUUAUUCAAAUUGCCAAACGUGAGGGCGUAUGUUCAAUUGCAUUUCUGGCGCGUUUGUUGAGUCCUACUGCCCAGUUUAAGUCCAUUCCAUGGCAGAACCAUACGAGAUCGUAUUCUACUCAGGAAGAGCAGGACACGUCUGGAAACUCUGAGAAAUCUUCCUCAGGUAAAUCACGCAAGUCAUUAUUCAAAGAUCUUAGGCGUUUGUUCCGUCUAGCCAAACCUGAGUACGGUCUACUAGCGGGGGCACUUCUAUGUCUAGUGGGAACGUCCACAGUUUCCAUGUCUUUGCCAUUUUUCAUCGGUAAGAUUAUAGAUACCACCAAGGAUGAUGAAAAUGAGAAGGAGGCUGAAGUCGAUAAGUCUAGCGAGCAAAAAACGAUCUUGGGGUUCUCCGAGGUUGAGUUCUAUUCCGGUCUUAGUGUGAUAUUGGUCUGUGGAGGUUUAUUCAACUUUGGAAGAAUCUAUUUGCUUAGAUCUGUGGGAGAGAAGUUGGUUGCACGUCUAAGGUCUCGACUAUUUGCCAAGACACUUUCCCAGGACUCUUACUUUUUUGAUGUGGGUCCCACAGGCAAAGGCAUGAACACAGGUGAUCUUAUUUCUCGUUUAUCGAGUGACACACAAAUAAUUAGUAAGUCAUUGAGUGGGAAUGUCAGUGAUGGAGCGCGUUCUUUAAUCAGUGGAAUUGUGGGACUCUCGAUGAUGUGUUGGGUCUCAUGGAAGUUAUCCCUUUGCAUGAGUUUGAUGUUUCCUCCGCUUAUACUACUGUCUACCUACUUUGGACGCCGAGUGAAGGACCUCUCUCGGUCAAUUCAGGGAUACUUAGGUGGAAUGACCAAAGUGGCAGAGGAGAAGUUCAAUGGCCUCAAGACCAUCCAGAGCUUUGCUCAACAGAAGAAUGUCACUCACGACUUCAAUUCUGAGGUGAAGCAUAUAUUCAACAAGUCCAUGACUGAAGGAAAGUUGAGCGGUGUAUACUACUCGAUGAACGGCUUUGUCGGCAACAUAACGCUAAUAGGGCUUUUAAUUGUUGGAACAAGACUUAUUGCUUCAGGGGAUAUUACCAUUGGAGACCUUUCCAGUUUCAUGAUGUACGCAGUGUAUACUGGAUCUUCAGUUUUUGGCCUUGGUAAUUUUUACACCGAGUUGAUGAAGGGUAUUGGAGCGGCAGAGCGUAUCUUUGAAAUGGUCGACCUGAAGCCCCGCAUCCCAAUAAGCAAAGGCAGAAAGGUUGAAAGCUUACACGGGGAUGUGGAAUUGCGCAAUAUAAGGUUCAGCUACCCUUCGAGACCUAACGCGUCUGUCUUCAGGGACUUGUCUAUCAAGAUCAGGAAAGGUGAACAUGUAUGUUUCGUUGGACCAAGUGGAUCAGGGAAAUCUACCAUUUCGCAGCUUCUUCUCAGGUUUUACGACCCAGAUUCGGGAAAUUGUCUUGUUAACGGCCAUGAUAUUCGUGAUUUGAAUCUCAACUUUUACCGCAGUAAUAUCGGCUACGUGCAACAGGACCCAUUGUUGUUCAGCGGGACAAUAAGAGAUAACAUACUGUUUGGCAAGCGGAAUGCUUCGCCCGAGGACAUAGAGUACGCAACCAGGCUCAGCAAUGCGCAUAGCUUCAUCCAAGGGUUCCCCCAGGGCCUUGAUACCGUGAUUGGUCCGACUUCUAGUGGCAGUGCACAGCUUAGUGGUGGCCAACGACAAAGGCUCUCCCUUGCUCGUACCUUAAUCAAGAGACCUAAUAUUCUUAUUCUUGAUGAGGCGACUUCAGCGCUAGACUCACGGUCGGAAGAGAUUGUGAUGAAGAACUUGGACCGUCUUGCAGAAGAGCAGAAGAUAACGGUGAUACUGAUUGCGCAUCGUCUUUCUACAAUCAAGAACAGCGAAAGAAUUAUAGUGCUUAAUACGCGGGGAGAUAUUGUUGAGGAUGGCAAUUUCGAUGAAUUAUACGACAAUGAAGAGAGUCGUUUGAACAAGUUACUCAAAAGCGACUUGUUCGCCGAAGAAGCCUAG